AUUUUUUUAAUCAGAAGAUCUUUUGAUCUCAUCAAGAACGUUCUAUCUAGUUCAAAAUGAAAUUAUUGGUAAUUUGUUUUUUAGCUUUACUUGCACCUGGGCUUGCAAAACCAAAGCCCCAGGAUUUCGGUAAAAGGUAUUUAAGUCAAGAGCUAAACUUAUACCUGACACCCGAAGAAGUAAAAUCUUUACAAGCAAUUAAGGCAUCUCAAAAUGCAAGAUUUGCAAACGAUAAUGCCAAGCAGGUGCAAAUAAAUGAUUCUAAUGAAGGGCUUCAGAAAUAUUUUGAUCCUCAAAUUCAGUCAGUUCCUUCUGAUGGACCACAGGUUAAAAAUUUCGUGCCACGAGGUGUCCUUUUGCAGCAAGAGAAAAAUUUGAAUGAAAAUUUGAAGAAUAAAAAUGUUGCAUACAUCUAUUUAGUAAAAGAAAAAGAUCAAAGCAAUUUAAGUAGUCAACAAUCACAAAAUAUCGAGCAAGUAUCUGACAAACAAGAAAAUCAAAUUAAAAUAAAUUCUAAUGCUGCUCCAUAUGUUCCCGUUUCUUAUAAAAAUCAAGAAGAAAAACUUCUUCAUGAACAGCUGGUUCAACACUGGAAUCGACUUUUAGAACACAAUCGCGCUCAGUUGCAGAGCUUAUCUUUGGCACAGAAAGAGCCCCGCGGCGUAGAAAAUGAAAAGCAGAUAAUCAAAUCAGACCAACAAGAGAUUCCGAUAAAUCAAGAUCAGAAAGUUAUUAAAAUUGAAGAUCAAGAAAAAAUAAACGCUGAAGAUGAAAAGACAGAAGUCGAAAAAGAAAUUGAAAGCAUUCUGAGGAAUCAUCAAGAUUUUAAUUCUAAAAAAUUCAAUCCUCGCGGCAGUCAGAAUCCGCCUAUUUUAAUUCACAGACAGGUUAGCAUUACAAAACAUCAUCCCAUACCAGUCUACAAACAAGUUAAGGUUCAAGUACCAACCCCAGUACUGGUACCAGUGCCUGAGCCUUACGCAGUAAGAGUUCCCCAACCAUACCCCGUACCCCUUGAGGUGGUCAAGCACAUUCCUGUUCCAGUGAUUAAAAAUCAUUAUUGAUUUCUUUUAGAAGAAACGAAGAGAGAGGAGUUUUAGAAGUAGGUAUGAGAAAUCAAAAUUUAUGUUUAGUUAAUUAUUGAAUGCAUGUGGUCAAGUGAAUUUGUUAUGUAAAUGCGUUGCGCUUGCUAAAAUUGUUUUUUAGAUUAAGAUUGUUGAUUAGUUUUAAAAACUGUUUUUUUUUUUAA